ACGACAGGGAUGUAACCUGGCCCCGCUGCUGUUCAACUGUUCUUUGCCGCGAUGCUCAUGGUCGCCGUGGCCGAGUUCGACAAGGACCCCAAGGUGACGGAGGACAUGUUCAAGAUCGGGACACAAGUGGAACACACGGGCAAGAAGGGCAGGUGGGCGGGGAAGAAGACGACGGUGGUGACGGACGUGGAGGCCCUGUGGACCAUGCUCUACGCUGACGUCUCGCGCUCGCCGGAGAGUGUCGAGAAGAUGAUGUCGGUCAUCGCGCGCGUGGCCGGCCUGUUCGGACUGAUGGUAUCGGAGCCAAAGACGGAGAUCAUGUGCAUGCUGCCGAAAGGGAUCGAGGAACGCCCGUUCACGGUCAGCGCCGCCGGCCAGACGUACAAGCAGACAGAUCGGUUUGUGUACCUCGGACGUACCAUCUCCGCGAACGGGAAGGCCGACCGGGAGAUCACAAGCCGCAGCUGCCGAGCGUGGAAGUGCUACCGCCGGAACAGUGCUUCGAUGUACGACAGGCGACGGGCCGACCGCCAGCUCAAGAUCCGGCUACUCGAAGUGGUGGAGACUCUCCUAUGUGGGUGCGCCUCGUGGAGCCUCGGAGCACUACACGAAGCUCAAUGGGCCCCACCGCCAGUUCCUUACACGGUGCAUCGGCUGGAGCAAGCGGAAACGCUCAGACCGUCUUAUGCCCAGGCCCUCAUCCAGGCAGGCUGCGAGGAAACCAUUGAGGCCACCGUACGCAAACGUAGACUGCGUUUCAGGGGCUUUGUUAUGCGCAUGGAGGACAACCGCCUCCCCAAGCGCAUGCUGUUAGGAGCGAUGGCGGGGGGCGUGGGAUACCGGGGCGGGCAGGAGAGCGACUGGGUGUCUCGUCUAGGAGAGGACCUCGUGGCCUUCAACAUGGGAGACGAAAAGGAAGGGGGGAAAUGA